CUGAGCAUGCGCUCUAAAUAUCGCCCUCAAAUAUAGAGUCCAGAGCUGAUUUGGAUCACUCUUUGCUGUGCGUGCGAGCUAGCGCGAGCCAACAAUGGCUGCAGCAAAAGCGCGUGCUUGAAGCACUUCCACCAGCGGAUGGAUUCAGCAGGAACAGCGUGGUGCAACGACGUGGAGCCGUAUCGGUCUUCGCCGGACGGAGGCGGUGGGAACGCGGGAGCAGGUUUCUUGCUCGCCUCGACUUUCCUGUUCUUCGCUGGGGACGACCGAACAGUCGCGGACUUGCUGCGUCUAGACCUUCGCCUCUUGCUCUUCCCUGACGUCGCCUUCCUUGCCCUGGACCUCCUAGUCGUGGCGCUGGCACUUCUAGCCCUCGAGCGCGAUGACGGGCGGCGUCUGGUGCGCCUCCUCGUUCUUCGCUUUGCCGGAGUUGCGGAAGACGACCUGGAACGGCUCCUGGAGGCAGCAGCCCUGUUCCUUUUACGUCCCCGGACUCGGGAGGGGGACGUCAUGGAGGCGCCCUCGCCUACCCCGCUGCUGGAUGCGGGUGCCAUGAGAAACGAUUUAGUCCACCCGGCCUGGACGUUCUCUCUGUCGCACCGUGUCGCACGUCUGGGCCUCUGCAAGCAUACAUGGGAACCGCGACAGUCGGUCUCGAGACAUGCGAGGUGACAUUUGAAUCUGUUGGCAGGCUGAUGUCCAUUAAACCCAUUCAAGCACAAACAAAAAUAAAAUCCACUUACGUUAUCCGCAGCAA